CGUACGCGGAGGGGACCGAGGUCUUAAGAAGAGCCGGACAGCACCGGUACCGGGACACUGUUGCUCGUGAUCCUUGAAGUAUAUCCAGCCGUUGUCCUGCAAAAAUUAUUGCAGAAAUUAUAAGAUUAAUAUAGUGUCGAAUCGAGAAGAUUUAUCAAGAUCAUCAUGAGUGGAUCGGGAAAAGGUCUCCUCGGGGUGUGGCUGUACAAAAGGGGUGAACACUGGGCCAUCAAGGAAGGAAGUCCGAUUCACAAAUCAAGCGACAUCCCCAUGGUCGAACGGCAACCGAACAACGAUAGCAAAAAUUCCAUGGUUUUUUCAUUAAAAAAUCAAGUCGGUGGUUUGGCAAGGGCACUGCAAGUGUUUCAGGAUCUGGGCGUAAACGUGGUUCAUAUCGAAUCGCGAAGAUCAAUGCGUCGUGGUUCCGAAUUCGAAAUUCUCGUUGAUGUAGAAUGCGAUUCCAAAAGGAUGGAACAAUUGACGAGAAUGUUGAGUCGCGAAGUCGCUGCUAUUAAUUUGGCACAGUAUGAACAAACGGGAAAUAUUCCUCAUGGUCCAAUGCUUUCCGCCGCUGCAAGCUUCGAUUUCAGUGAAGUAGAUAUGCCAUGGUUCCCACGAAAAAUAUCGGAUCUCGAUCAAGCCCAAAAAGUGCUCAUGUAUGGAUCUGAAUUAGACGCAGAUCAUCCUGGCUUCAAAGAUCCCAUUUAUCGCAAACGCCGUGUACAAUUCGCCGAUAUUGCGAACAAUUAUAAAUAUGGUCAACCGAUUCCUCGCGUUCAGUAUACUUCAGAAGAAAUCAGAACAUGGGGAACUGUUUUCCGUGAAUUACAUCAACUCUAUCAGAAACACGCUUGCAAGGAAUAUUUAGAAAAUUGGCCGAAACUUGUGAAAUACUGCGGCUAUAGGGAGGAUAAUAUACCACAACUGCAAGAUGUAAAUGCAUUUCUGAAACGGACAACUGGAUUUCAACUUCGACCCGUGGCUGGUUAUCUCUCACCGAGAGAUUUUUUAGCUGGUCUUGCUUUUCGUGUAUUCCAUUGUACGCAAUAUAUUCGACACUCGUCGGAUCCAUUUUACACGCCUGAACCGGACUGCUGUCACGAAUUGUUAGGACACAUGCCGCUUCUAGCGAAUCCAAGUUUCGCUCAAUUCUCGCAAGAACUUGGACUCGCCUCCCUUGGAGCUUCGGACGAGGACAUCAAUAAAUUGGCAACUCUGUAUUUCUUCACCGUGGAAUUUGGAUUAUGCAAACAGGAUGGCGUGCUUCGUGUUUAUGGGGCAGGGCUAUUGUCCUCUGUCGCGGAAUUAAAACAUGCCGUUUCAGCCCCUGAGAAAACGUUUCGAUUCGAACCGGAUGUAACUUGCAAACAAGAAUGCAUUAUCACUGCGUUCCAAAACGCUUAUUACUAUACGGAUUGUUUCGAGGAAGCGAAGGAGAAAAUGCGAUCGUUUGCCAAUCAAAUACAACGUCCAUUCGGGUUACGUUACAAUCCUUACACACAGUCGGUAGAAGUUCUUACAGACGCUCAGAAGAUUACAGCAGUGGUCAGUGAACUCAGGGGUGAUCUUUGUAUCGUUUCGAAUGCCCUGAGAAAGAUACACGAGCAGGAUGAUACGGUGGACGUUGAAAGGAUAACGAGUCUUUUAACACAAGGUAUCGAGUUGCCUCAAGAUACUUCAUCCUCUGAUAGCGAUAUCGACAAAAGUCCUAAUGUCGAGGAUCCUCAGAACCCGGUAGAAGGACAGAAUAAAGAAUAUUCUUCUGAUGGUAACAUGAUCAGUGCGCUAGAUUAAAUAAUGCUUUCUCUAUUAUAGGCGAUUAGAUCGUUAUGCGUGCUAGAAAUUAGUACUAGCUGAGAACGUAAUUCAUUAAAUAGUUCAUUAAAUGUAUGCUUAGAGUAAUUUAUGUUUGUAGAAAAUUGCAUUUAAUUAGAGAAUUAUUAAACAAAUGAUAA